AUGAGCUCGAAUACGGCCCCACCGCUAUUGAAACUUGUCGAAACUACCACGACGCCGUCCGAUCGCUCUAUAAAUGGACUCGUUGUUUUCCUUACAUUAUUCGUCUUUCUGGCUGGACUGACCUCUGGAUUACUGGUAUGCUUGGUGAAAAUCUGGUGCGGACAGAAAAAGACAUGCAGUCAGACACCACAAGAGGUUCGUUAA